AUGGGUCUUCUAGCUUUGGGAACGGCUUUGGAUUGGCCAGAUGCCAAGCAGCAAGCACAUCUCGUCCGUGCCUGGGGCAUUAAGCAAUUACUCGAAAUAUGGAACAAGGCUAAGGGAAAGGAGCGUGACGCUAUGCUCUGGGGUGAUGAGAUCGAGUACUUGGUCGUCAACUAUUCCAAAGAUGAGCCUAAGGUUCUGCUCUCCCUUCGCCAGGCCGAUAUUCUCAAAGCCUUGGCCGACAGCAAGACUCUUAAGGUAACAGGAGACUGCGCUCCUGGAACUGAGGCCAACGCAGAUGCCGGGAACGUAACUCUUCCCGUUUUCCAUCCGGAAUUCGGAAGAUUCAUGCUCGAAGCCACCCCCGGAAAGCCAUGGGGCAUCGACUUCAAGGACCUGUUGACCGUUGAGGCCGACAUGAAGUUGAGAAGGUGCAUUGCCAAGGACCACAUGCUUUCGAAUGAGCAUCCCAUCACGCUCACUACUUUCCCCCGCAUCGGCAGCCCAGGAGUAUUCACUGAACCAUCAUAUCCCGUCUCCGGUCCCAAGCUGCGAUCGCAAUUUGUCCCUGACGAGAUCGCCAACCCUCAUAUUCGCUUCCCUACCCUUGCGGCCAACAUCCGUUCGCGCCGCGGCCGCAAAGUCCAGGUCAAUGUUCCAGUGUUCAGAGACGAGAACACCCCUUGGCCAUGGAAGGACCCAACCGUCAACUACGACCUACACAACUGGCCCGAGGACGAUGAUGUUCGUAACGGCGCCGCUCCCGACAACUUCAUUCACAUGGAUGCCAUGGCUUUCGGCAUGGGCAGCUGUUGUCUGCAAAUCACCUUCCAGGCCAAGAACAUCACCGAAGGCAGGAAGAUGUACGACCAGCUGAGCCCUCUAGGUCCUAUCCUGCUUGCGCUCACUGCGGCAACACCAGUGUACAAGGGCUUCAUUGCCGAUACCGAUGUCAGGUGGAACCAAAUCAGCAGGGCUGUGGACGACCGCACACCUGAGGAGCUGGGAGAAAAGCCCCUUAAGAACGACAGAUGGCGGAUUCCCAAGUCGCGUUAUGCUUCGAACUCAACUUACAUCUCUACCGAUUCCCGAUUGCGACCUGAGUACAUGGAUCCUAACCUCGUCAUCGACCCCGAGAUCAAGCAGCAGUUGCUCGACGGUGGCAUGGAUGACCGUUUGGCUACCCACUUUGCUCAUCUCUUCAUCCGCGAUCCUAUCGUCAUCUUUAACGAAGAUCUCCAGGAGCUCGACCUGACCAAGACGGAUCAUUUUGAGAAUAUCCAGAGUACUAACUGGCAGCACAUGCGCUUCAAGCCACCUCCGGCUGACAACAGCAUCGGUUGGCGUGUGGAGUUCCGGCCCAUGGAGAUUCAAAUCACCGACUUUGAAAACGCCGCCUUCUCCGUCUUCAUCGUUCUCAUUACCCGUGCCAUCCUUAGCUUCGACCUCAACUUCUACAUCCCUAUCGUGAAGGUAGAUGAGAACAUGGAGACCGCGCAUGCGCGCAACGCCAACCUCGAAAAGAAGUUUUGGUUCCGCAAGAAUCCAUUCCCCGUCCGCACAACCCGCAGGGGCGGCAGUGCCUCCAGAUCGGCUUCUGGCACCAGCACACCCAAUAGCGGAUCAAGCAGACCUGCCACCCCGCCCCUGGGCCCUGUCGAGGACGAGUACAGACUCAUGAGCGUCAAUGAAGUCAUCAACGGCACUGCGUACGCCAAGGCGACUUCCAAGGAGGUGACCGAGGAUGCCGAGGAGGGCGAAGAGUUCCCCGGUCUCAUCCCCUUGGUGGAAAGCUACCUCGACAGCGUCAACAUGGACGUCGCUACCCGUUGCGGACUCGCUCGCUACCUCGAUCUCAUCCGCAAGCGCGCCAGCGGAGAGCUCUGGACGGCGGCCAAGUGGAUCCGUGAGUUCAUUGCGAAGCACCCCGGAUACAAGAAGGACAGCGUGGUCUCGGAGGAAAUCACCAAAGAUCUCGUCGGCGCCGUUAUCGAGAUCGGCGAGAGGGAGAAGCGCGGGCUGGGUAUUGAUGACUUGAUCGGGCAGGUGCCGGAUCUGGAGAAGUUGUUCGGCGGGUUUCUCAAGGGUAAGAGCCCUUGCGGUGGUGGCCAGGCAGCUUUGGAGCAAAAGUUGAAGGAUGACGACGCCAAGGCGAACGGUGUAAAGAGGAAGUUCAACGAGGAAGAGUAGGGCGGGUCACGUCACUUGAUUGGCAAGGGCGAAAGUCCUGCUUGGUGAGGUUCAUGGCGGGAGCCGUAGCAUGUUAAAAGCCUAGGAAAGGAGCUGGAUAUGGGAAGGGAGAGUGGACGUUUGUGUUCUUUUGCAUCAUCGUUAGACUGCAUUGCCUUGGAUACGCUAAUCACGAUUAUUCGCAUGGUAUUUUCUUCUUG